AUGCUAUCAAAAGGUAGGAGCUCGAAAUUGGAAGCGCACGUUUUUUCGACAGAACUUUUGUCUCUAUUCGUGGUGCUUUUCGCUGCGGGACCCGUCGAUGCCAAGGUCCAAUGUCAAGGUUCGGAGCUGAGCGCCAGCAACAACGCGGAGCUGUCGAAAAUGACCGAAAAGGAGUGCACACAUGUCGUCGGCGAUAUUGUGCUCAAAAAUUUGAUCGGCGAGCACAAAUUUCCGCAAUUUUUAUCGAUAAAACAUGUCCAGGGAUCGAUCAUCAUCAAAAACACGUCAUAUCUCGACGAUGCCAUCAACUUCCAGAAUUUGGCCGAAAUUAUCGCCGACAAACAACCGGCGCUUCAAGUCGAAGACAAUCGCAAACUCUAUUUGGCGUGGGGCGGCCGUUUGCGAGUGGUUCGCACCAAUAACAAAAUCACCUAUCUUCUGAAAAACAACGGAAUUUCGCCAAUAUCGCCGAAUCUUUACAAUGUCCUUUAUUAUGCCGCGUUUCCACGCUCGACAUUCCUCAUCGACACUCACAUGAAUGUAAUGGUCACCAAUGAAUCAUUUUAUAAAGCGAUGGCCGCCGCCUUCGGAUUCAUGUCGUUGUUCCUAGCAAUUGGACUCAUCGCCGUUGCGUGUUAUGGAAGAAUCCGCGAGCACGAAGAUUAG